ACUCAAAGAAGAAGAGGAAGAAGAAGUGGCGUCUCGUAUGUUUUGAAUUUGCUGUAAUUCGGAACUGGGUCGGUGUUUCACGGCUUCUGGAUAAAAUUCAGAUCCGUUAUGGCCGAUGAAGACCUAAUUUCAGUGGAUUAUGAGAUUUUUGGCAGAGUGCAAGGUGUAUUUUUUCGGAAAUACACGCAGGCAGAAGGGAAGAAACUUGGCCUUGUUGGCUGGGUCCAAAACACACCAGCAGGAACAGUGCAAGGGCAGCUACAAGGCCCACGCAAAAAGGUGAAGGAAAUGCAAGAAUGGCUGAGAUCCACUGGGAGCCCCAAGUCACACAUAACCAAGGCAGAGUUCAAGAAUGAGAAAGAAGUUGACAGCCUAGAACAUUCAUCUUUCAACGUAGUAAAAUAACUGUGCCUUUAAUAUUAACUUAUGCAGAUGUUUUAUUUAUUUAGUCUUUUUUUUGUUUUUACUGGUUGGAAUUUAACAUUUAAACUGAACGGGAGGAAGAGGUGUACUGCAUUCGUUUGAUCUCCUAAAUGUUCACAGAAUAUGUAACAACAUUAAUAAAUGGGAACUUCCUUCAUUGGGA